AUGUCCUCAAAAGCACCCAGACCAAUCUUCUGGCUAGAGCCCUUGCACCUACAAAAGCAUCUCCAAGGCUUCCACGAACUAUCAUCCGACAGUAAAGCGGCUCUCUGGAGCACUCAGCUGCACACAACCACCCUCGAAGCCUCUAAAGAACGCAUGGAAAAGGCUCUCACGAGUGAACCCUGGCACCUAAGCUGCGCUGUGAUGGUCUCAGACUACGCGCCUCCUUCGCUACCGCCGGACGACAAGGUGGAUGUCACCAGCACCACUAAAGAGACCAAGAUGAUUGGCAUCAUCAGAACGACAAGGGCGUCAGCGUGGGGGCUAUCGAUAGGCUACAAGCUGAGGUCCGACUGCUGGGGCAAAGGAUACGCCACGCGCGCGAUCAGGGCGUUUUUGGAGAUGUACUGGAGUCGGAGGAGAAUGGCUCCGAGGGAGGAGGUAUUCGUCCCCACAGCUAUCAAAGAGAAAGAGAACGAGAUGGACGGGUGUGAAGUCGAGAUUACGCACCUCAUUGCGCAGGUGGACCCGGAGAACGUGGGUAGCAUGAGAGUCUCUGAGAAGUGCGGCGGGAGGCUUAUCGCCGUCGAAAAGGAGUGCGUCAAGGUGUGGCGGUUUGAUGAGAUGAGGGAUAUGGCUGUGUGGAGGUUUGAUAAACCUUCUGACGGACAUGCUGAGUCAGUUUGA